CCCUACAGAAAAUCCCUGCAGAAGCGUCGUUCACAUUUUGCAAGUUACUGUAGCCGCCUUCGCCUCUUCUCUGGUGAGGACGAAUCCUCCUUCGCUUUCUCUCAGUAAGCUGCUAAAGAUCUGCAUCCAUGGCUGCUUCCACCGCUGCCUUGACAUCGACGUCGUUCUUGAGCAACAAGAAGGAUUCGGACCUCGCUGCGUUUUCAUCGUCGUUGCCGUUUUCGUUUCGGCGAUGCGAGAGAACUGUAUCGAAGAAAAUAUGUUCGGUCAUGGCACCUCAACAAUCGGAACGCAAGCCUAGCGCCACUGGCUCGGUUAAAACUGCUAUGACUAUGACAGAAAAGAUAUUUGCUAAAGCUUCUCAAAAAACUCAGUUGAGUCCAGGUGAAAAUGUCUGGGUUAAUGUGGACGUUUUAAUGACUCACGAUGUUUGCGGCCCUGGUUCUAUCGGCAUUUUUAAAAAGGAGUUCGGAGAGGACGCAAAGGUUUGGGAUCGAGAGAAGGUCGUGAUUAUACCUGACCAUUACAUAUUCACCAGCGAUGAACGUGCUAACCGCAAUGUGGACAUUCUGAGAGAUUUCUCAAAAGAACAAAAUAUCAAGUACUUCUAUGAUAUUAAGGAUCUUAGCGAUUUCAGGGUGAACCCAGAUUACAAAGGUGUCUGUCAUGUAGCGUUAGCUCAAGAAGGUCACUGCAGGCCUGGGGAGGUCCUGCUUGGUACCGACUCUCAUACCUGUACAGCUGGUGCAUUUGGUCAAUUUGCAAGUGGAAUUGGUAAUACUGAUGCAGGAUUUGUUCUGGGCACUGGGAAAUCACUGCUCAAGGUUCCCCCAACUUUGAGGUUUGUCAUGGAUGGAGAAAUGCCUGAUUAUUUACUUGCAAAGGACUUGAUUUUACAGAUUAUUGGUGAAAUAUCAGUAUCUGGUGCAACAUAUAAAGCCAUGGAAUUUCUUGGCACAACCGUUGAAAGUUUGACUAUGGAAGAAAGAAUGACAUUGUGCAACAUGGUUGUUGAAGCUGGAGGAAAGAAUGGAGUUAUUCCUCCCGAUAGUACUACGUUCAAGUACCUUGAGGGUAAGACAUCCAAAGCCUACGAACCAGUUUACAGUGAUGAGAACGCAAGAUUUCUUUCAGAGUACAGAUUUGAUGUAUCAAAACUGGAGCCUGUGGUAGCUAAGCCCCAUUCUCCAGAUAACCGUGCUUUAGCAAGGGAAUGUAAAGAUGUGAAAAUUGAUAGAGUAUAUGUUGGAUCUUGCACUGGGGGAAAGACGGAGGAUUUUCUGGCCUUGGCUAAAGUUUUUCUUGCUGCAGGAAGGAAGGUUAAAGUUCCUACAUUUAUUGUCCCUGCCACCCAAAAGGUUUGGAUGGACCUAUAUAGCAUCCCAGUACCUGGAGCCGGUGGUAAGACUUGCUCUCAGAUAUUUGAGGAAGCUGGCUGUGAUACACCAGCAAGUCCUGGUUGUGCUGCUUGUUUGGGUGGCCCUAGGGAUACUUAUGCACGGAUGAAUGAACCACAGGUCUGUGUUUCAACAACAAACAGGAACUUCCCUGGUAGAAUGGGACACAAAGAGGGACAGAUUUACCUUGCUUCUCCAUACACAGCCGCAGCCUCUGCUUUGACCGGAUAUGUGACCGACCCAAGAGAAUUCUUGCAAUAGUGUUCUACUGAAUUGGAGGUUACUCUAAUCGUAUGUUUUAUGUAUUUUGUUUAAAUUGAAAUAAGGUUUAGUCAUGCCAUGUUUGAAUCUGAUUAUGCUUAGAGCUUGCUUAGCAGUUUGUUGAUGGUCAUCUCUCGUUUCAAGUUUAGUGAGAUUUUGGUCUACAACUUGGAUUUGAAAGAUUUGAGGAUGAAACUACUUUGGAAUUAAUGUUUAAACUAAUUAAUACACUAUUUAUAUGUUAAUGAUCAAGGAUUGCUCCUUUUUAA